AUGUCGGCCAUAUGCAAGCAGAGUGUCUGCCCUCGCCUGGUCCAGUCCAUGGCCUCUGCGCCAACAUAUAGCCGAUUCUCGUCAUUAUCCUCCUCACGAUUUGCAUCAUUCUCCCUCCAAUCACAUAGUCCUUUCCGCCAGACCCGCACGUUCCUGACGCAACUACGCCGGCAAGCGCAAGCUCUGAAAGAGCAGCCCGCCAACGCAUCUCCUCUCCCUCAAAAUGCCAAGCAGCCUCAGCCAACCCUCCAACUCACCAACCUCCCUUACUUUGUCCGCCGUACUGGCUCUAAUCAACUGCCUGUAUACCUCGUCACAAAAGCGGGCGGCACCAAGCAACUCACCAAGAUCCAAAAGACCGAGGGGGAUCUUGAUAGUCUGCGCAACGACCUAGCCCUGACAUUGGGCAUCGAUCUACGAAGUCCCGAUGUGAGCAUCAACCGAUUGAAUGGGCACAUCAUUGUCAAGGGCUGGCGCAAACCCGAAAUUCUAAAGUUCCUGCAAGAGCGAAACUUCUAG